CCAUCUCUGAUCUGAGCCGCCGUCGCCCUUGGCCUCACUCUCCUUCCCCCACACCUCACUAAAACCCUAGCCCCAAACCCUCGCCGCCAUGGCUGCGGCGGCGGCCGCCACCGCCACCUCGCGCAUCCUCCUCCGCCACAACCGCCACCCGUCGGCGCUCCCGCUCCUCCUCCUCCGCUCCUCGAUCUCCUCCUCCCGCGCGCUCCUCCAGCAGCCCGAGCUCUCCCCCGACGCCCCCGCCCCCGCCCCCGCCGUCGCGGAUGACCCCGCCUCCGCGCCGCUCCCGCCGAAUCCCGGCACGGGGAGCCCCUUCUACGGAGAGAACUGGCGCAACCCGGCCGCCUCCAACCCGUCCUCCUCCCUCCUCCCCGCCGUCGUCGCCGGCGGCCCGCUCAGCGCGCACGCCCGCGCGGCGGCGUACACCGCGUCCCCCGGCGCCGCGGAGCUCAAGGAGACCUUCGCGGAGUGGAUGGCGGAGCAGCGGUGGGAGGAGAUGAAGCAGCUGUUCGAGUUCUGGGUCAGGUCGCUCGACCCGGCCACGGGGAAGCCCAACCGCCCCGACGUAGACCUCUUCAACCACUACCUCCGUGCGCACCUCAUGUCGGGGGCAUUGCCGAUCGAGAUGCUGGAUCUCGCCGAGCAGAUGCGCGAGUUCGAGAUCACGCCCAACACGGCCUCGCACAACCUCGUCCUCAAGAGCAUGGUCCAAGCGCAGGAGGCUGAGGGCGCUGAGAAGCUCAUUGAGCGGAUGUUGCAAACAGGAACUUCACCAGAUGAUGAAUCCUACAAUUUGGUUGUAAACCUUCUGAUUAAACUGAACCGUGUGGACUCAGCUAUGAAAUAUUUGGAUUUGAUGCUUAAGUCAGGCUACACAAUAUCUUCCACUGUUUUUGCUGAUUAUGUCCGGGCGUGUGUAAGAUCUGGGAGAUUAGAUACACUGGCAUCAGUUAUAGAGAAGUGCAAGGCAACAGAUCAGAACAAAGUCUUGUGUCCACAAUGGUCCUGGUGUGUUGAAAUAGCAGAAGCUGCUUUUGAAGCUAACAACAGCAAGCUAGGUCUUUUUGCUUUGGAAUAUCUUGCAAGAUGGAUUGCUCGUUCUGAGCGUGUUAUUCCUCCUCUUCAUCUUUCAGUUGACGAAGGUUUAGUUCUCUCAGCUUUAAGUGCUGCUGGCAGAACUUAUAGCACUGAUCUCUUGAAUGCUGCUUGGUCAAUAUUACGGAAGUCCUUGCACCAGAAAAGGGCGCCGACUCCAGAGGCAUACCUUGCCAAGAUUUAUGCUCAUUCAUCCAUUGGUCAACUUCAGCGUGCUUUUGGUACCCUACGUGAAUUUGAAAAUACCUAUGGGAGCUUUGAGGAUAUUGAUUCAGAGCUCUUCUCACCAUUUACUUCCUUGCGACCACUUGUUGUUGCUUGCUGCAAGGAUGGCUAUACCACACUGGACUCGGUCUAUGUGCAAUUGGAGAAUUUAAGUUAUGCAGAUUCACCAUACAAAUCUGUUGCUGCUCUUAACUGUGUUAUAUUAGGCUGUGCAAAUAUUUGGGAUCUUGAGCGAGCAUAUGAAACUUUUGAGGCAAUAAAAGAAAAGUUUGGACUUACACCUGACGUACAUUCGUACAAUGCACUCUUGCAUGCAUUUGGAAAGCGGAAAAGGACUGAGGAAGCUUGCAACGUUUUCCAGCAUCUAGUAAGCCUUGGUGUAAAGCCAAAUUCAACAACGUAUUCCCUUCUUGUUGACACACAUCUUGUAAAUCGAGACCCAAAAGCUGCUCUUGCUGUAAUUGAUGAGAUGGUUGGUGCGGGCUUUACUCCUUCAAAGGAGACACUCAAGAAGGUCCGAAGACGCUGCUCCCGUGAAUCAGAUUUUGAUAGCGAUGAGAAAGUGCAAUCCCUGGUUAAGCAGUUCAGCUACCGAAUGGGCGGUGAAAAUCGUAGGGAGAUGCUCUAUAACAUUGAUUACAGUCGUGAGUUCGGCAAUAGUAGCGAGUAUUAGUUGAUUUUGAUGAUGCUGGUGCGCUCUAGUAGACAACGUGUACCGUCGCUCACUUUGCUGGUACUUAGAAGAGCACGGAGGCAGUAGUCUGUAAAUUAUACCUCGUUGUACCAAAUUUUCUAAUUAUUUUCAAGCAUCGCAAGCUGUCAUUUUUGUUGCCAGAACCCACAACAGGACUUUGUUAGGAUUUCAGAAUAAGGUCCGAAUAGAUUUGUUUGCCUGCUCAAAGCAGCAUGUUCCAUAAUCAGUGGAUGCUAUUUCGACAUCUCAGUUCCAGCCCCUUCUUUUGA